AUGCACGAUAUAAGAAUGGAUCCAAUGUUGAAAUUUAGCCUUGCUUUAGCAGAUGGUGCAUUUAAUAGAUGCCCAGCAAUUUCAUUACUUGAUGCUUAUAUCGUUCAACGUUUCUUGAGAAUUAUGUUAACAAACUACCACCGUAAAAAAGGAGAAACCAUGAAAGACACCAAACAAUAUUUAAAGAGAUGGCGCAUAAAAACGGUAAAUUGUGGCCAGUCAUGUCACUCGGUGAUGUUAGUUCUAUUAGUUGCUUUCAUAUUUGUGCGCAGAGGCGAAUCGGGAGAUGAUGGAGUUCCGCUAACCAAAUGCCUUGCUCCUUCAAAUGUUGUUCCAGUCGUUCCUCGUCCAUUGCCUCUUCCAACAGCUUGCAAAGAUAAAGAUCCAACGAUUUGCACUGCCAUUUUUGCCGUCCGAUCAGGCGCUGUAGCACCUAAUUCAGUCGCAACAAAUCCGUUUUUAGUCAAUCCUAAUUGUCAAAACGUGACUGUUAUGGUUGCUGCUGAAGCUUUGUGUCCCUCUUCAUGUGCAGUUUGCUGUUUAACGCCUGAAUUUAAUUGCCAAAACUGUAUGUUUCUUAUUGUACCAGUUUACUUGAUAUUGCUUUUUUGA